CGCGCUAAUUCCUUCUUGCCGUUCUGCACCGGAAAUACGUCACCUUCCUCUUCCGCCGCGUCUCCGGCGCCUGAAACACGAGUGUUCAUCUUUUCUCUCUUUACGCGAGGCGCAGAUAAAAUACUGGACCGAUUGGCGACACUUUGCUGACAAAAAUGAGACCCAUCCUGCUACAGGGCCACGAGCGGUCCAUCACUCAAAUAAAGUACAACAGAGAGGGAGACCUGCUCUUCUCUGUCGCUAAAGACACAGUAGCCAACGUUUGGUACUCUGUGAAUGGAGAGAGGCUCGGCACCUACAAUGGACACACAGGAGCCGUGUGGUGUGUGGACUGUGACUGGGACACUAAAAACGUUUUGACAGGAUCAGCCGACAACAGCUGUCGACUGUGGGACUGUCAGACCGGUAAACAGCUGGCUCUGCUGGAAACCAACUCUGCUGUCAGGACGUGCGGCUUCGACUUCAGCGGGAACAUCAUCAUGUUCUCCACAGACAAGCAGAUGGGUUACCAGUGCUUCCUGAACUUCUUCGACCUUAGGGACCCACAGCAGAUUGAGGACAACCAGCCCUACCUGUCGUUACCGUGCGCUGACCAUAAGAUCACCAGCGCUGUGUGGGGGCCUCUGGGCGAGUUCGUCAUCGCAGGACACGAGAACGGAGAGUUCAACCAGUUCAGCGCCAAGUCUGGAGAGAUCCUGAAGAAGGUCAAGGAGCACACCAAGCAGAUCAACGACCUCCAGACGUCAGUGGACCUCACCAUGUUCAUCAGCGCCUCCAAGGACAACACCGCCAAGCUGUUUGACUCCUCCACUAUGGAUCACAUCAAGACCUUUAAGACAGAGAGACCCGUCAACUCUGCUGCCAUCUCCCCCAUCAUGGAUCAUGUGGUGAUGGGAGGUGGACAGGAGGCCAUGGAGGUCACCACGACUUCCACCAGGAUCGGCAAGUUUGAGGCCAGGUUCUUCCAUGCUGCCUAUGAAGAGGAGUUCGGCAGAGUCAAAGGUCAUUUCGGACCCAUCAACUGCGUGGCGUUCCACCCUGAUGGCAAGAGUUACAGCAGUGGAGGAGAGGACGGAUACACUAGGAUUCAUUACUUUGACCCACAGUACUUUGACUUUGAGCUGGAGGCAUAAACAGACGGAUCGCACCGACCCAGAGGACUGAAGCAUUUACAGUCGACCGCCUCGCCCUCGUUCAGGUCUCGGUCUGACGGGGGUUUUUUAAGUCAUUUUUCUAACAUCACUUGGAGUCUGUUUCGGUGGGAUCAGAAGUCCUUUUUUUUUUCUAACCCUGGAUCUGCGGAUUUAUCGUGACUGGACUUCAAAUCCCCACACUCCCUGAUUCCCGGCUCUAUUUAAUCCGAUUCUACGCAGAAGUGGAAUUUGAGUUGAUAUAUUUUCUGUUGUAAGCCAUUCCACCUCAAGUCACCAUAAAAUUACUGAGAUCAA